AUGCAAGAGGAUCAUGAAAUGGGAGCUUUUGAAGAUGCGGAUGAGGACAGACCUGUCAUGAUGUAUGACAGGGAAAAUCCAUCUAUUGAGGAAGGUGUGGUCUUCCCUUCUACAGUUGAUUGCAGAAAUGCAGUUGCAACCUACUCAAUCAAAGCUGAAACUGAGUUCUCUAUUAUGAAAAGUGACCCAACUAGGUUUACUGUCAAAUGUUCUUAUGACAGGUGUAAAUGGAGGCUACAUGCCUCUUCAAUGAGGAGGAGCACACUGUUUCAGAUUAAAGUGAACCAACACCAGCAUACUUGUCCUAGUGUCAACAGAUCUCAGAGAUUGAGAGCUGCAAAAAGAAGGUGGAUUGCAGAUGCUUCUAUGCCCUGGAUCAGACAAAAUCCAUCUAUUGGUCUUAAGGAAAUUCAGAUGAAGUUGUUAGAGAAGUAUGGUGUGGAUGUGCCAUAUGGCAGGUGCUACAAUGGCAAACAGAUGGCACUGGAGAAAAUAUAUGACAAGUACAGUGAUAGUUUCCAACUUCUUUACUCUUUCAAAGCUGAAGUGGAGAGGAUAUCACCAGGCAGUCUUGUAGAAAUUGACAGACACACAGUUGAGUAUCAGAUUAAAGGCAAGAAGUUUAGAGGGCAGCUUGUAGCAGCUUGUGCACUGGAUGGACACAACUGGUUGUUUCCAGUUGCUUAUGGUGUUCUAGAAGUGGAGUCUACUGAGAGUUCGACAUGGGUUUUCUCAAACCUGAAGAAAAUGGUAGGUCAUCUAGAAGGUUUAGUGAUACAUACUGAUGCUUGCAAGGGAUUGGAAACUGCUGUUGAUGAUGUUAUCAAGAAGCAUAAUUAUCAUCUGAACCAGCUCAAAAGCAAACCCAAAGUUAAGGAAUUUCUAGAGGAGCACCACACAAAAAUUUGGGCAAGAGCAGAGUUCAAUGAGAUGUGCAAGGUUGACUAUGUGAACAACAACCUUGCUGAAUCAUUCAACUCAAGAAUCAGGAAAUACAAGAGUCUUCACAUAGUUGACUUGCUAGACAAGAUUAGGCAAUACAUCAUGGAGAAAUUUGACUUAAGAAACAGAAUUGCCACUGACCAUUUCAUUGGGCACUACAUCAGACCAGCAAUGAUGAUGGUUUUGAUGGAGAAGACAAAAGGUUUGGAGAUGAGUAUAGUUAGGAGAAGCCCAACAGAGGCUGAGGUGACUACUACUGAUAGAGAGAAAAGAGAAUGGAGGUACCCUAUUGACAUAGAGAAGUGGUCUUGCAGUUGUAGGCAGUGGCAGAUCACUGCCUUUGGAGAAGAAGAACAUUGGGGAGCAGAUAAUGCAGAUGAUCAUCCAACAGCUAAUGAGCCAGCAGAAGCAGAAGUAGAAGAUGAGGAGGAGGAUGAAGAGCCAUAUGUUGAUGUUCUUCAGCAGCAGAUGCCACCACCAAAGGAAACCUCACAUGAGGCAUCUACACAAGCUAGUGUAGUGAGGUCUUCAAAAGCUAGGGAAACACGCAAUGGAGGAGGAGGAUCAACCCACACCACCCACUGA